AUGCUUGAGCUUUGUUUAAUCUGCCUCUACCUUGCCACCAUUUUCCCCCUCCUUUCUUCUUCUUCUUCUUCUUCUUCUUCUUCUUCUUCUUCUUCUUCUUCUUCUUCUGUCGUACGUUCAUCUCCUCCUCCUUCUGCUCAUCUUUAUUUUGUAUUUGUUUUAAGUUUCUUUCUUUCAUUUCUCUUUUUUGGCGGGGGCGGGGUCUUAUAUCCGCUCAUUCUUCAUUUCUUCCAACAUCAUUUUGCGUUUACAUUUUCUUCUUAUUCGCCUCCUUCUACUACUACUAUCACUAUUAGUAUUGCCUCGGCUACAACCCCAUCUUCUUUUACUACUCCGCCUUCACCCUUUCAUGGUGGAGAAAUCUAUCUAUCUAUCUAUCUAUCUAUCUAUCUAUCUAUCUAUGUCAAGCUGUCAGGGGUAAAGGGAAGUGGAGAGAUCUAUCUAUCUAUCUAUCUAUCUAUGUCAAGCUGUCAGAUCGGCAAAUUGACAACUACACUGGUCUGCUUUUCUGUUUAUCAGUACGGUCGCCGAAUUGGCAACUAUACUGGUCUUUCCCUUUCUCUUUUUAUCUAUCUAUCUAUCUAUCUAUCUAUCUAUCUUUUUCUUUGUUUGUUUGACUAUCUGUUCAGCGAAUCGACAACUACACUGAUAUUUUUCUUUCUCUCUGUCUCCAUCUAUCUAUCUUUCUGUCUGUCUAUCUGUCUAUCAUUUCGUGGGACAUAG